GAUUUACAAUGAUAUGGUGAAACCAAGGGCUGGAACCUAAAAGAUCUUCUCAGCUCCUUAGUUUGAACCACAGUGAAUUGUCUACCAGCAGGCGGCAUGGCUAAAAGUUCAGAGGUCAAACUGGCAAUAUUUGGGAGAGCAGGCGUGGGCAAGUCAGCUCUCGUAGUGAGAUUUCUGACCAAACGGUUCAUCUGGGAAUAUGAUCCCACCCUCGAAUCAACCUACCGACACCAAGCAACCAUUGAUGAUGAAGUUGUCACUAUGGAGAUACUAGAUACUGCUGGCCAGGAAGACACCAUUCAGAGGGAAGGACACAUGCGAUGGGGGGAAGGCUUUGUGCUGGUCUAUGACGUUACUGACAGAGGAAGUUUUGAGGAAGUGCUGCCACUUAAGAACAUCCUGGAUGAGAUCAAAAAGCCCAAGAAUGUGACUCUCAUCUUGGUUGGAAACAAAGCUGACUUGGACCACUCCAGACAGGUUAGUACAGAAGAAGGGGAGAAGCUGGCUACAGAAUUGGCAUGUGCUUUUUAUGAGUGUUCUGCCUGUACCGGGGAAGGGAACAUCACCGAGAUAUUCUACGAGCUGUGUAGAGAGGUACGUCGCCGGAGGAUGGUCCAGGGCAAGACGAGGCGACGCAGCUCCACCACGCACGUCAAGCAAGCCAUUAACAAGAUGCUCACCAAAAUCAGCAGUUAGGCAGCU